CCACAGUAUUUGUAUGCAGCAUGCCAUUCUAGCAAAGCUCCAAGGGUGAAGCAGACUGUUACUCCAUCAACGAAUAAAGAUGAGUUUCUUCAUUUUUCUGCUUUUUGGUGUAUUUCUCAAUACAGUGGUAUCUGAGAAUUCCAAGAGGAUCUUAAUACAUAAAAAUGUCACAGGUGUGCUGGGUAAAGAAGCUGUCUUCCAAUGUGAAUAUACCGGAAUGGAAAAUGUAGCAUAUUCCAGCUGGUUUACAAAAACAGAUACAACAAAAGUCAAAGUGGCUGGCUAUACUAUAGAGUCCUAUGUAAAUAACAAACGCUUUAGUUAUCCACAGUCUAACAAAAACCUCACUGUCAAGAUUACUGGAACUCAGCUUGAAGAUGAAAAUAUAUAUAUUUGUGCUUUCUCUACUGCUGCACAAGAACUGGAAGAAACACUUUAUCUCACGGUUUUAGUUCCCCCAGAUGUCUACAUAUCCAGCUCAGCACAAACAGAAAAUGAAGAUGAGUAUCAAUCUAUUGAAUGCACAGCCUUCAAUUCCAAACCAGCCGCUAAUAUCUCCUGGGUUGUAUCUGGCCUUAUUGCGGACAGCAUUACACAAACAACAAAUAAACACCUAAAUGGCACAUUCACCCAGAGGAGUGUAUACAGAUUCCCUACCUAUUUACAUGAAGGAAAGGAUAUAACUUGUAUGGUAGACCACCCAACAUUUACUGAGGUAAAGACGAUGAUGAUACAAGUGCCAUCCUACACUGUCCCAAACAUGACCGUGCAAAUAUAUACAACAAAUGAAAAUGAAACUGAAUAUAAAACUAUUGAAUGCACAGCAGCUAAAGGCAAACCAGCAGCAAAGAUCGCAUGGGUCCUCCCUGAAAACAAAAGUGGGGAAAUCAACUAUGGUAUUACAGCAGACAAUGGGACUGAGACAGUUACCAGCACAUAUCGAUUUCCAGCACAUCUGCAUGAGGGGCAGAGCAUCAAUUGUGUAAUAGAACACCCUAAACUUGCCAUCAAAGAGGUGAAAACCAUAUCACUUCCAGCUUAUUACCUUUCCUCUAUGCAUGUGCGGGACGGAGAAACUGUAAACAAACCAAAUCCCACUGAAAAUGAGGUCAUGUACAGAGUAGUGCUGAAAGUGGGUCAGCGUAAUCAAACCAUUGUGAUAGAAGUUGAAGGAAAUGUACCCCGCUACACACUGAAAUGCAUCAAACAGAAUGAUUCACUUCCACUUGACAUAAAAGUGGUGAAAAAUGGCAUAUUUUUUGAAGGACCAAUUAAGGAAAGUCAUUCGGGGAUUUUUAUUUGUAUUGCUUCCUACCAUGGCCAUCAACUGUCAGUCCCAGUGGAAAUACAGGUCUAUUCAGAAAAGCCAGUUCCACCCAACAUUAGCACUCUGGUGUUCGAUGAAGCAGAACAUAAAGUCAUUAGGUGCAUAGCAGCCAACAGCAAACCAGCAGCAAGGAUCACUUGGAAUCUGCCUGGAAACCUUCCUGGAGAUGUGAUGUAUAACAGCGCAUUUGAAAAUGGAACACACACGGUUAUUGGUGAUGUUAGCAUUUCAGCUGACUUGCCUGAGGAACACAAUAUCACUUGUGUGAUUGAACACCCAGCCUUUGAAGCUCCAGAGACCAGGAUAAUACACAUUCCUCCAUGCUAUAUUUCUUCCAUAAAAGUAUUACAUGAAAGUCGAAUGAAUGGCAAAGUAAUCCUGCAGAGGGGUCGUCCGAACCAGACAAUUGAACUGAAAGUGAAUGGCAAUAUACCACUGUACCGUUUAGAAUGUAGAAGGCUGCAUGGUGUGUCUCCUGUGAAACUGCUGGGAAAUGUACUGUUCUUUGAAGGGCCUUUUAAGGAAAGUCAGUCUGGAAUAUACAUCUGUGAGGCAUCGUACUACCAUCAUCGAGCUUCUGUUCAGAUUGAUGUUAGAAUUACCUCAGAAGACAGAUCCUGGGAGUAUAUCCUGAUAUGUUUUUCAGCAGCAACAGGACUCACCAUAAUUGCAACAGUUUUUAUCUGCAUCAUUAUCAAAGUCUGUAAAUAACCCAGUCAAGAUCAUCCUAAAUCUAAGAAUUCUUCCAGUAACAAUUCAGGAGAUUCUAUGGAACACCUCACCUGCAUCAUGCUUGAGCAAAAAUCACCUGCAUUACAAAAGAUGCAUGCAAAAGAGAAGCAAGAAGAAUAUACAGAACUUGUACAUUACUCAAUAGUCAUUGACCUAAAAACUUAUGUUUAAAAAAUAAUGUGAUGUUAUUGUACUUAUUAUGGAUAAGCCACUUUGGAAAAUAGUCAAAUGAAACAUGAGACAAGAACCAUAUAUGUGCAAUUUUUUAUAUAUAUUAUUAUUUGUUUAUUUAGCAGACGCCUUUGUCCAAGGCGACUUACAGAGACUAGGGUGUGUGAACUAUGCAUCAGCUGCAGAGUCACUUACAGUUACGUCUCACCCGAAAGACGGAGCACAAGGAGGUUAAGUGACUUGCUCAGGAUCACACAGUGAGUCAGUGGCUGAGGCUGGAUUUGAACUGGGGACCUCCUGGUUACAAACCCUGCUCUUUAACCACUGGACCACACAGCCUCCUCGGCCUCCUUAUAUACUGUAUAUAUAAAGGAAACUCCAAUGUUUCAUUAUAUGCACAUUUACCUUUCUGUAAACAAAAAUGAACUCUCAAAAAAAGAUUCAAAAGAUAACACAAUCUCAAAAAUAUGUCCAGUAUGAUGGAAAAGUUGCCUUUCUGGAUAUUUCCUAUCAGGAAGCUUGAAGUUUCAGUAAUAGAUUCAAAGAUAAAAAAUAAAAAAAUCAGACUUUUUUCAACCAACAGAAACUUUUUAUUUUUUUAUAUUACCCUAUAUUAUUGCUUUAUUUUGUUUGUAGAAUAUAGUUUUAUCUAAGCUGGGUUUACGCCAGAACAAUAUUGUUCUGUGCAUUCAGAAUAUGGUACAGGUCAAAGUGGCAUGUGCUGGUGCCUCAAAAAUGGAUACAUUAUAUUGUAAUUAAUGUAAUAUAUCUGUAAAAGAGUCAGGCUGCUUAAGUGGAGCAGAAGGACAUGCCUUGACUAUGUGCAUAUAUACACCCAGAACCAUCACACAUUUCAGUUCACAAGAACUCGCUUUUUAAAUGCAACAUGAUGAGCUUCCAUGACCAAGCUUAUCACGUUUAGCAUAUUUGUUUAGUUCAUGCUUGAAAUCUUAGAUUUAUUUUUUUUGACCUUUUUCUUACAUUUGUUUUACUUCAAAAAAGGUAUACUGAAUUUGAUUUUACCUACAAUUAUCUUUUUUCUAUUAAAAGAUUAGGGGUUUGGGGGUCCCCGAGUGGCUCAGCUGGUAAAAGCAGGUGUGCUGGGUGAGUCAUAUAGAGAGGGGAGCGCAGGAUUGUUCUGGGUACGCAAAGUUGCAAACCUUCGAUAGACAUUCAACAGAGAACUUCGCAUUUGCUCUGGCGCUCCUGGGGAGGUAAAAUCAAGAAGGACUGAGUCACCUCACAGCCCUACAGCAGCCCUAACUGACCAGGCACUGGGAUCGGAGGACACCCACUUCUCCUGAACUGCUUAUCUUUUUUUGUAGCUUUCAAUUUUUUGCUUUUAAAUGUUUUAAAAAUAUAUUUUAAAAUUUGUCUUUUUUUUUUUUUUUUUUUUUUACAUAUACCAGUACUGUAUUUUUUGUCUUAAGUCCAACUUGUUUUAAAUAAAAUGUAAUAAAAUCAGAGCAUUAUAAAAAAAAUUGAACUGAAAACAAAGUAUUAUUAUAGUUUUCAUUUUAAUACUAUGCACAUAUGAGUGCAGA